UGUGGCAGUGGUGGGAACCGGGAGCUUCUGCGAAGAUGUAACAUUUGAGCCGAGAAUUUGCUUGAGCAGUCGUUUCCCUCAGGACGAUACUACCUUCUGUGGAAUUGCUGGAUCUCGGGACUCCAGAGCUGAGAGCCAGAGACACCAAGUGACUUGCUCGAGGUGGCCCACCCAGAUGGGAAGAGACAGAGCCGGCUUCAGCCCAGUCAGACACUGACCUUCGUGGGACAGCGAAGACUGACCCCUAGCUGGGGAUGAACUUUGAGUUGACUUCUGAGCCCUUUGCCUUUCCUAUAUAGACCUUAAAGGCCGCAGCCUAGACCCAGGGUGUCUGGGCCAAUUUUUUAAUCUGUCUCUUCCCUCCCCACUGUCUCCUCCUCCCCUCCUGCCACCACCCACCACUGACUUCCUCCUUCACUUGCUUGGAGGCUACACCACAUCCCGCUGACCCUCAGGCCACACCACCUGCAUCAUGAGGGGUCUUGGACCCUCCAAGACGCUCUUGCUUCUGCCGCUUCUUCUGACUUUGGUCGACAUCAACCCUGUCCAGGCCCAGAAAGGAUGCAACUGCUCCACCUUGAGCCCUGGGGUGCUGGCAGGGAUUGUGCUGGGUGACCUGGUGCUGACACUCCUCAUUGCGCUGGCUGUGUAUGCCCUGGGCCGGCUGGUUCCUCGGGGCCGAGGGAACACAGAGGUGUCCCGGAAACAGCGCAUGGUUGAGACAGAGUCACCAUAUCAGGAGCUCCAAGGCCAAAGGUCAGACGUCUACAGCGACCUCAACACACAGAGGCCAUAUUACAAAUGAGCCCAAAGCCUGCAGUUGACAGCCUGAUACAGCCAUUCCUGAAGUCUACGCCCUUGCUCCUUUUUUUUUUUUUCCACCACACCUAGCAGUGCUCAGGGUUUAUUCCUGGCUGUGUGCUCAGGGACCAUAUGCAGUGCCUGGGAUCAAACCUGGGUCAGCCAUGUGCAAGCAAGAGCUCUACCCAUUGUACUAACUCUCCAGCCCGCCACUGUUCUUAUGCCCAAAGAUGCAAUGCACAAAGUGCCUUCCUGAGUCACUUUGCAAAGAUGCAACACUCUAAGUGCCUUCCUUAGACCCCUCCUGGCACU